GUCAAAUAUGACACGGCUAUCUUCACUUCACCGGCAUCCAAGUUUGGCAACUCCAAUGGUACCCUGGUUCCGGAAGGCGAGGCAAGCGAAGGGACGCAGGGAACGGGCAGCUGGGAGAAGUCAGCUAUCUCGGCGCGGUUCUUUCUGAAAUGUCAAUUGCGUACCUGUGGCCGCUUUGCUCGCACAAUCUACCAGGAGGUCUUCCCCUGGCAGGCCUACUCCAACCAGGAUGGCUACCUCGUACCGUCGAAUCCCCCUCCCCCUCCCCCUGCUCCCUCUGGCCCCACGGAGACUUGGACUACUGAUAAGUCUUUGGACGGGGGCUUGGCCCACUCAUCUACGCAGUCAGUGCUGCCUGUUCCAGCCACCGUCAACGAGGUCCGGCUUCCGGGCAUCUGGGGAGACAGUCAGGAGGCAUCCUCAACGGGGAUUCCUGACAGUGGUGCAAUUCCCAGUCAGGCAGCUUCCUUACCUGGGGCACAGGCGACCUUCUCGUCUCCGGUGCAGAGUGCCAUUCGACAUGCCGCGGCCAAUCUCAGUGCGGCAAUCAGUUUUGCCCAGGAUAUGGAACAGUCAAAGCCCCUACAGACCCACAGCAGCCUGGCCGAAUCCCUUCGGGUCACUUCUGAUAUUUUGAGGGAGGUCUCCGAGGAGCUCAUUGCGGUCGCUAGCAACCAAUCCUCCUCAGCGGCACCGGGCUCGGUCAUCGAUCUGGAUCAUCCUACCCCAACGGCGGCUUGGCCUACAGCGCCCACAACGGAGACUUGGUCUAGCAAGCGAAGACGCCAAGAAGAGCCGGGCCCCAGCUCGGAUUUCAGGCAUCGGCCUCUCUCCGAGCUGGACAAACAACGUCAAGAAUCCGUUGCCACGACGCUACAGCUUUAUGCCAAUCCGAAGGAGGCUGGCAUCAAGCUCUUGCUGCCUCCCUUCAUGGACAUCACCGACAACCCCUUCACCCAUUGCCCCACAGAGAGUAUGGCCACGUGCUGCCUGCAUUCCAAGUGGGCCCCCUUCGAAGUCUUUGGUCGGCUACUUGAUGGCCUUCCAUCCAUGCAGGACUCGAGGCACUCCUCUCCUAGCAUUGAUCAGCCGUCGGACUACAAAAGCAUCUUCUUUGGAGCCUACUCACAAGGCCCGCUGGUUGGUCUUCGGGCCCAGACGAGGAGAUACCCCAUGGUCAGCCGCCUAUUGAAUGCCGUGAUCUACACCUUAAGCGGGGCGCACAACCAUUCCACGGUGUUCCGUGCCAGAAAUCGAGCCAUGGGACUACACUCGGAUCCUCACAAUCACAAGGACGUGCCGAACGUUUUGAUCCCCCUCUCCGUCUUCACUGGCGGCCAGCUAUUUGUGGAAGCUGAAGAGGGAGACGUGUGCUUGGAUACACAUAACAGCGUCCGGGGAUCUGUACAUCCUAUCACUCUCCCCUUUUUGGCGUUCGAUGCCCAGAAGAGGCAUUCUAUCCUCCCAUGGUCAGGCUGUCGCCUGAUCCUAGGCUCAUUUCAUAUCAGCGGAUCGGAGAGACUACCGCUGGGUACGCGCAAUGUUCUCCGCUCCUUAGGCUAUCCUCUUCACAGGGACGGCCAAAUAAGCUUGGAGGAGGCGACGUCCAUCACUCCCCCGUCGUGA